CAAAGAAAAUAAACAACCUACAUUUACAUUAAAGAAGCGGCGCCUCGACUCACAUGAACGUGAUAGGAGUUGUAUUCAUCGCCUUUUCUUCCUUUUUACCCUAAAAACCUUCCUCAAUCUUCAUACCUAACAAAAUCACAAUCUCAUCCAAAAUUAAAAACAUACCAAAAACUUAAUAGGAAAAAUAUAUUCACUCCAAAAUUACCAUAAAUUGCGAUUUCGUUUUACAUCGUUGCUUUCCAUUUAUGCAAAAAUAAAUUUCUUUGAACUUUGAAGUUUGAUCAUCUAAAUAUAUCUGCAUAUAUUAUAAUUUUGGUAUAAGUAGGUAAGAAAAAAGAACAUAAAAAUGGGAUCGCAAACAGUAAGUUCAGAUCUCUCGAUGAUUUUGCCAAGAGUUCUUAUUGUGUCUCGUCGCACUGUCCGUAAGAACAAGUUCGUCGACUUUGUUGGGGAAUACCAUUUAGACCUUAUAGUAAGCUAUGGAGCAGUGCCAGUGAUUGUCCCAAGAGUUAGUGGUGUCUCCAUGCUUCUGGAAGGCUUUGAGCCAAUCCAUGGAGUUCUCCUCUGCGAAGGCGAAGACAUAGAUCCUUCUCUCUAUGAGUCUGAAUUGUCAAACUUGACACCUGAAGAACUUGAAGAGAUAAGGCGAGCACAUGCAAGUGAUACAGCAAUCGAUCGAGAGAAAGACUCGAUUGAGUUAGCCCUUGCAAAGCUUUGUCUUGAAAGGAACAUACCCUACUUAGGAAUAUGCAGGGGAUCACAAGUCCUAAACGUGGCAUGUGGAGGUACCCUUUACCAGGAUGUUGAGAAAGAACUCUCUAGGAAUUUCCCAGAAUGCCAAAGAGUAAACCAUAUUAACUAUGAUGACUAUGAUGGUCAUAGGCAUGCGGUGAAUGUGGUGGAAAAUACACCCUUACAUCAUUGGUUUGAAGAAUCUUUGGAUGAGAGUAAAAUGGAGAUUUUAGUUAAUAGCUAUCAUCAUCAAGGAGUUAAAAAGUUGGCUCAGAGAUUUGUGCCUAUGGCUUUUGCUCCUGAUGGUUUAAUUGAAGGGUUUUAUGAUCCUGAUGCUUAUAAUCCAGAAGAGGGCAAGUUUAUCAUGGGACUGCAAUUUCAUCCAGAGCGGAUGCGACAUCCUUGCUCGGACGAAUUUGAUUACCCUGGUUGUCCUUUUGCUUAUAAGGAAUUUGUGAAGGCAGUGAUAGCUUAUGAGAAGAAGCUAAGCAGUGAAGCGAGCGUGAAAAAAGGUCCAAAGCUUAAUAAAGAGCAGGAGAACAAGAGACGGAUGAUUGUCCGAAGCUUUUCGAUUGCAAAGGACAUGUAUAUAGCUGGACGGAGUUCUGUUCCUGUUAAGGAAUCAGAGCUUGAAGCAGGGGCUGUUUUUCUUGAGGAAAAUACAGCAUAUAGUGUACUGAGUGUACAGCAAGAAAAUAGGCUGAAGCAGAUGGGAGCAACAGUGAGAAAUGGACAUGGUUAUAAGAAGUUGAAGCUGAAGGAUGAAAGAGAGAAAGUGGCAAGGUCAAUUAUAGGGAAGAUGUCAAUUGAACAAUUAACUGAUAUGAUGUCGUUUUAUUACAUGAUGGGACAGGUCUGUUCUGAGGUUUUGGAGACUAAGCUUCAACACCUUGAAUUGCUCCAUAACAAUGAUCAAUAACCCUAGUAUUAGUGGUAUCCAUGUUGUUUCUUUCCUUUUACUGGGUUCAUGAAUACCACUUCUGUUGUGAUUCUUGGGUCAACUGUUUUGAGAUAUGGCAGGAAAUCAAUGUUGGAUGCCAGUUCUCAAUUUUGCGGCUCUUAUAUUUCCUACUAGUAGUAAUCGUCAUAUUCUAUAACUAAAUGCUUGUCGGUAU